AUGGAAACUUACAAGUCAAUCAGAGAAGGCCAUCGACGAAUUAUACGUCAGUAUUUACAACGCAUUGAAGCUGCAAAAGAAGAGCCGACACCGACGAUCUUCAAUACGAUAUUGAACAACAUCCAGAAGAAACAGGAGUUUGUGAGAGAGUCAGAUCAGAAGAUUAUAGAGCUACUUCAACCAGAGGAGAUCGAGACAGAGAUGAUAGAGGCCGACGAAUAUCACCUGAACUUAGAGAUCCAGAUUAACAUGUUCAAGGAAUACAGACGUUCGGAGGGCUUCGUUUCAGAGACAGAUAUCAUGCGACCUGAGCAGACGUUACCGGUAUUUCCCGCUAUACAGACAUCGCAACAGACUAAGUUUAAUUACUUAAAAGCCCAGUUAGAAGGUCCCGCCGCUAAUACUAUAGCAGGAUUCGCUUUGACGAACGCAAACUACGAGAGAGCGGUCAGCUUGUUACAUGAGAGAUUCGGUCAGGUCCAUAAGAUUAUACAAGCCUACAUGCAAGCCCUGUUAGAACAACCACGUCCUGUCAACACGUUACCCAGCCUCCAGAGCUACUACGACCAGUUAGAGUCCUACAUCCGCGGUCUAGAGUCAAUCGGACAAUUUCAAGAGACUUACGGCUCGCUACUCAUUCCAGUCAUUAUCAGUAAACUUCCGGCGGAAGUACGCAAAAAUUUAACAAGAGAACACGGAAACGUUGGAUGGACUCUAGCAGAACUUCGGAAGGCGAUCUAUAAAGAAAUCACCGUCAUGGACGCAGGUCAGUCCGUCAUACCGGAAGUGCAUGACAACCCUCGAGUUACGGCGUCCUUUUACACCGGAAGUAGAGGUAAACAAAGACCCCCAAGAAGUUUGGAUAUGAGAAACCCUGCAGCUACUGAAAAGAAAGCCUGUGUGUUUUGCAGCGAACAGCAUUCCCCGAUCGACUGUACCAAGGUAACUACUUACCAGUCCCGUACUGACAUUGUCAAGAAUAAACAACUGUGUUUUAACUGUCUUGGUAGUCAUCAAGUGUCAAAGUGCCGAUCCAACUUUCGAUGUCGCCGUUGCCAACGGAAACACCACACCAGUAUAUGUGACCGGAAGUCUGCCCAGCCGACAGCUCCCACAGUCCCUACAGCCCCAACAACCUCAGAUCAACAGAGAAACCAACAAGCCACAGCCAUACUCCAUUCUUCGACGCAGUCCCCUUCCAAUGUACUACUGAAGACAGCCAUCGCCCCAGUGUGCAACCAACAGUUCAGAGUAGACGCCACAAUUCUUUUUGAUGAGGGAGCUCAACGCUCAUUUAUUACAGAAAAAUUAGCCGACGAACUACAUUUACCUCGUGGAAAUCCCGAGAUAAUUCAUCUGACGUCCUUUGGAGACUCGAACCAGAAUGUACGCUUCAUGGAUACGUCCACUGUAUACCUAGUAACAGAUUCCGGAAGGAAGAUUGCCAUCCAGGUCCUUGUUGUACCAACCAUUGCAGUACCAUUACGUAACCUACAGCGUGAUGUGAAAGACUUACCCUAUCUACGAGGACUUAAGUUAGCCCACCCAAUCACAGAUGACGAAUCCUACGAAAUUUCCCUGUUGAUAGGCGCAGACCACUAUUGGAAGAUAGUACAGAACAGAAUAGUACGCGGAAAUGGACCUACCGCGGUAAGCUCCAAGAUUGGGUACCUCCUAUCCGGUCCACUCCCGAGUUCACCUACGAAUACGCCCACUACUUACAUAAUGAAUGUACUUACUUCACCACCAGAUGUCCACGAGUUAGAGCGCUUCUGGAAACUUGAGUCCAUGGGUAUUACACCAGAAGAGGAUCCGUCCAGUACAGAAUACCUACAGACUUACCAGACCACUGCAAUCAAGUUCGAAGAUGGACGUUAUUCCGCCAUGUUGCCAUGGAAACUAGAUCACCCUCCCUUACCAUCCAAUUACUUCAUAACGAAACGACGCACAGAGAAAACGAUUCACCGCCUACGUCAGGAGCCACACCUUCUUAAUAAGUACGGCGAAAUCAUAAAAGAACAAGUUCGCAGAGAUUUCAUAGAAAAGGUCCCAGACUCAGAGAUAGCUUCCAAGAUGUCCAUUAUAUUCCCACCAUGA